UCCAUGGCUACAGACAGUGUCUACGUUCUCUUCUUCUUAUUGGCCUUCGUAUUCAUUCAACUGAUAAAACCCAACGUCUGCGACGGAGCUCUAACCUCAGGCUGCAUCCCUGCCGAAAGAAGUGCUCUACUUGAGUUCAAACGAGGCCUGAAAGAUCCUACCAACAGGCUGUCCUCUUGGGUGGGUGAAGACUGCUGCAAAUGGGAGGGUGUGACUUGCAGCAAUCACACUGGGCAUGUCGUCAAGCUGGACCUCCACAACCCGCAUCCGUUAUCUUAUCUUGGUGACGAGCCAUACAACAACUGGACCUUAGGAGGUGAGUUGCGGCCUUCGUUACUUGGUCUGAAGCACCUAAAGUACCUGGACCUAAGCAUGAACGAUUUUGGAGGCAUUAAUAUUCCAGUAUUCAUGGGGUCAUUCCAUCAACUCCAAUAUCUUAACCUCUCCAGAGCUGGAUUGGGUGGACUCCUGCCUCACCAGAUGGGAAAUCUCUCCAAUCUGCAGUAUCUAGACUUAUACAAUGACUUGGAUCCCAAUUUUGUGGUUCCGGUCCGUGAAUUUAGCAUUGGUGAUGCACUCUGGAUUUCUCACCUUUCUUCUCUAAAGCAUCUCAACCUGAAUUCCGUUAAGUUUCAAAAUGGAACUCACUGGCUGGAAGCUCUGAACAUGCUUCCUUCUAUUGUGGAGAUAUACUUAUCUGACUGUGCAAUUCAAAGUGUUCCCCUCUCUCUUCCACAUGUGAACUUUACAUCACUGUCUGUUCUUGAUUUGUCGGAUAAUCUCAUUGACUCUACGAUACCCUCUUGGUUAUCCAACAUAAGUGGCCUUGAGUACCUUGAUAUCAGUUGGAACAGCCUUCAGGGUAAUAUUCCACCAGCCUUUGGUAACUUGGCUUCCCUCAAGAGCCUUCAUUUAGCUAACAAUCUUCUUCAAGGAGGAAUACCCACUUCCUUCAAAAAUCUGUGCAAGUUGCAGAAUUUGAUAUUGUCAGGCAUCAAUAUCAGCAAAGAUUUGUUAGAACUCGAUGAAAUUUUUUCUGGUUGCGUCAAGAUGAGCCUAGAGGUUCUAAGCUUAGCCAGAACGAAUAUUAGUGGGCAGUUGCCUGAAUGGUUAUUUCAACUAGCAUCACUCCAAGAGCUCUCUCUUGGUCAAAAUCAACUGAAUGGAACUAUACCAGAAAGCUUGGGACAGCUGUCUCAGCUAGUUGUUUUGAACCUUUGGUACAACCAUUUGGAGGGUGUAAUGUCUGAGGCGCAUUUUGGAAACCUCACAGAAUUGAAAUACUUAGUUUUGUCGUCCAACUCCUUGGCUCUGAAGGUCGAGAGCAAUUGGCUUCCUCCCUUCCGGCUUGAAUUCCUUUGGAUGGUCUCCUGCAAACUGGGUCCUGAGUUCCCUUCAUGGCUCCGGUCUCAAAUAAAUAUUUCACACAUUGUUAUGUUUAAUGCAAGUAUUAUUGAUGCUAUGCCAAACUGGUUUUGGAGCUUAAUUUCCACAGCAGAGUACGUGAGUAUCUCCGGCAAUCAGAUCAGUGGCCACGUACCAAAUUUAUUGCAUUUAAACAACCUCAUCGUGUUGGAUUUAAGUUCAAACUACUUCGAGGGUCCUCUUCCGUAUUUUCCUCCUGGAUUGGAAGCUUUAGAUCUAUCAAACAAUUCAUUCUCAGGAACAAUUUCACUUGCCAUCUUCAUGAAUUUGCCCUACCUCUUAUAUUUAUUGCUUUCAGAAAACAAUUUAAGUGGUGAAAUUCCCUUCUCUAUAUGCCAACUGCAGGCCUUAUGGGUUCUUGAUCUUUCAAAAAAUAUGUUGUCAGGAGAGAUCCCCAAUUGUUGGAAUAAUUCUUCCAGUAUCAAAGUUAUGGAUUUUUCAAGCAACAACAUUUCUGGAGUUAUUCCGGAGUCAUUAUGUUCCAUAGUACGGCUUCAGUCAUUACACUUGAGCAAUAACAGUCUAUCUGGAGAGCUGCCUUUGUCCUUGAAGGAUUGUAAGAAAUUAGUCCUUCUUGAUGCCGGACAUAAUGAUUUGAAAGGUGAAAUUCCAACCUGGAUAGGUGAAAGUUUAACUAGUCUGCGGUUCCUCAAUCUGCGAUCAAAUAUGUUGGCUAGAGAUAUUCCUCCAAAUCUUUCAAGAUUGAGUGCUCUCCAAUUUCUCGACCUUGCAGAUAAUGAGCUAUCGGGAACUAUUCCAAGGAGCUUUGGAAAUUUUACUGCCAUGAAAGUAAUUGAAAUUUUUUCAAGUUGGAAGACAGAUGCAACAAGGUACAAGGAUCAGAUGCUAGUAACAACUAAAGGACAAACUCAAGACUAUGAGAAGUCACUUUCGCUUAUGAAUAUUUUGGACCUCUCGGAUAAUAACUUAUUUGGAGAAGUACUCGAAGAACUCACAAGUCUUUCUGGCUUAUUCAGUUUAAAUUUAUCUGGAAAUCAUUUCACUGGAGAAAUCAUUGAAAAUAUCAGUAAAUUACAACAGUUGGAGUCCCUUGACUUGUCAAGGAACAACUUUUCUGGCACGAUUCCUUCUGGCCUCGCUGCCCUGACUUAUUUGGCUCACUUGAACUUGUCAUACAACAACUUGUCAGGGAAAAUUCCUCUUGGUAAUCAACUUCUGACAUUCAAUGAUCCAUCGAUCUAUAUUGGCAAUCCUGAUCUUUGUGGGUUUCCUCUGAAUCAAAGUUGCAAAGACAAUGAGACAGCACAAAGUCAAAGUAAUACAGAUGAUAGAGAUGAGAACGAGAUGAUAUGGUUCUACACGAGCAUAGCACCAGGAUUUGUUGUUGGUUUCUGGACAGUCUGGGGUACAUUGAUACUUAACAAGAAUUGGAACCUUUAUUACUUUCGAUUUAUAGACAACAUGUUUCACCAAGUGUAUGUGUUCACCAUACUCAACAUGUCUAGGAUCAGAAAACAUUGUUGUUCCCAAUAAGGAUGAUAAAUUUGAACAUCAAUAUCUACUGUAUGAGAGUUCAUCUCAUUAAUAUUAUA